AUGUGCGGGAGAUUCGGACUCUUUCCAGAACUAGACGCACUUGCCGAGCAGUUCAACUUCGACCCUUCGAUAAUGCAUGACAUCUAUCAUCCACGCUGGAACAUCCCCCCGACAGCGUCGGUGUUGACCAUUCAUAAAGACUCACAAGAAAGCAUUCCCAGCAAGAACAGCGCAAGACUCCUGCGCUGGGGAAUGGCGGGUGCACGGAGCAAUAAGACAUCAAAAGUAAGCCGUCCCCUGUUCAACGCACGCGCUGAAACCGUGCACAAGCUGCCGUCGUUUCGUGAGGCGUUUAGGGGUCGCCGAUGCCUAAUCCCCGCAAGCGGCUUCUACGAGUGGGAAAAGGAUUCAUCCGGUAAAAGGACGCCGAUGUGGUUUGAGCGCAAGGACGAUGCACCGGUGGCAUUCGCCGGAAUCUGGUCGAGCGAAAGAACGCCGGACGGCGACAUCGACUCUUGUGCCAUCAUCACCUGCGCCGCCAACAAUCUUGUCGCGCCCAUCCAUCAUCGGAUGCCCGUCAUCCUCUCGCCGGACACCUAUCACCAAUGGCUCGGUGAAGAUGAGGAUUCCGACGCCCUGCUCGCGCUGCUGCAAACACAGGAAUGGCACGAAAUCUCGUACCAUCUGGUAUCCAGCGAAGUCAACCGCGCCGCCAACGACUAUCCGUCACUCAUCGAGCGCGCAAGCCAGGAAUUACAGUUUGAUUUAAUAAGCGCCGCACCCUGCUGA